AUGGAGAGUCAGAACGAUUUGUCUCCACUGGGUCUACUGGCCGCAGAGUACACUCUGACUGAGGGAGACUUCCACCACCUGAAAAAGGCUCGGUUGACCCACCUUCACCUGCCUCCUGCCCCGUGUGACCUGAAGAUCCUCACCAUCAUGGAGUGCGACUCCACAGAGAGCAGCACCGUCAACAUCAGUGAGUCGGAAGCUACCAAACUGCCCCUCACCAUCUACCAGCCCACUGAGAGAAGAGUCCCUGACUGGAUGGGACAGAGCCUCAGCGGCGGUCUGCCAGGAGACCCGCACCACUCCACCAUCCUGGACCAGGGCCCCAGACAAGCCUCGUCAGCCAUGAAAAAACAGCACACACGGUCCCAGACAAUGGAGGCUGUCGGGGACAGGGGAGAGGCUGAGAGUGAGAAGGGGAUGAGAGGAGAGUUGACUCAAGCUCCGGGCCAGACCUCAGUUCUACAUUUCUUCUCUAAACUGCGACGCCAUGCCAGUCUGGAGGGGGCAGGGCCUUACUUCCAGAGGUGGAAGUUUGACAGCAGUCACCGGGCUGCCAGCCUGGAUGCCAAAGGAUCCCCAAAGAGAAAGCCCUUCCAGAGGCAGAGAGCAGCAAGUGAAACCACUGAUCACACCGAAGACGACUCUUCUGUCCAAGAUGAGGUCAUUGAAUCUUUCCCACACACUCCCAUCCAGACCAGUGGCCUCCAGUCACUCUCUGCAGAGUCUCUGUCUCACCCUGCCACCACACCCACAUCCUCAGUCUUCCUCAGCAGGCUAAAACUGGAGGCCAUGGUGGAGGUAGGUGGUGGCAACAGCACCAGAAGAGCAGAUUUCUGUUCGUCGACAAAUGAUAGUCACGCCCAGAGGAAAGAGGAGGCCACACCCAAUGGAACAGGAGCAGAAAAAGAAAAAAAGUUUGGCACAGUUAGGAGGAAAGAAGCAGCGGGAGUCGAGCUAAAACUGGUAGACGAUGAUGACUUGUUUGGGGCACAACAAGAAUCUGGCGUACAGGAAAGGUUUGAAGACAUGUCAAGGAAAACUAAAGACACAAAGACAGACCACAUGACAUCAGAUGUGAGGAAAAAGAGCGAGACAGAAGUAGAUGAUGGAGAUGAGGUGGUGUUGGGAGCUGAGGCCAGAGGAAGGGCCGACUCAGGCUCGUCUCUUUCCUUCAUGAUUCGCCAGGAGAGCUCAGAAGCUCCUCCCUCCCUGUACAGAGACAUUUGGAGCUUACGAGCCUCCCUGGAGCAAUACGCUUCCUCAGACCAGAGCAGCACAGAUCGGGAGUCCAUCCGCAGUGAUGCCGACAGCGUAUCAUCCCUAGGUGGGGCAGGACCUCGCUCUGGCCUAGACAGCUGCCUGUCUCAAGACUUGGAUGAUGAGCCUGAAGGAGAAGGGGACGGAGAGGUGCUGGAGGGAGGAAUCAAAGGGGCAUCAGGUGGGGACAGUGAGAUGGGAAGUGGAGCUGUAGGAGAAGGUGAGGCAGGGAACCGAAAGCUCCUCCAAAUGGACAGUGGCUAUGCCUCCAUUGAAGCACCAUCCAGGGCCCCUGAGGAAAUGCGCCUUUUUGGGACUCCUGGAGCUCCUCGAGGGAAGACAGCGUCCGAAAGAAGGUUGUUCUUCACUAGCUCUGGGAGAAAAGGUUCAGUGUGCGAGAGCAUUGAGGCCAAGCUGUUUCAGGAAGAGCUGGAGGAUGAGAUGGCCGACAGCACAGAGACAGAGGAGAAACUAAAGGAGAGCUCUCAAACUGGCAGCCAGCCUCUUACCCUUCAAGAACCAUAUCAACUUCUGAAAUCCCUUCAUCCUCAGAAACCUCCAGAAUCACAACCACAGCUGAUGUCGCCGCUGUUGAAGCCAGUCCCACCGCCCUCUAGUCCUCACCCACCACGUCUCCGUCGCCGUGACUACAGCAUUGAUGAGAAGACAGACGCGCUUUUCAACGAGUUCCUCCGCCAUGAUCCACGGUUUGACCAGCAGGAUUCUCCGCUGCGCUCCAGGCACCGAUCCAGAGUUCACCUCCGGAAACAGUGGCAGAGGCACAAGCAGUACAGCGAUCCGGGGUCAGGGGCUGGGGGUAGGUACUCCCCAUCUUUGGAGAGGCAGAGGUUCACUCCGCUGCGUAGAGGUGACAGCGCCGGUUACCCUCUGGACACCAGGUAUCACAGCACACUCUCGCGCAUUGCGAGUGCUGCCGAUGAAGAGGCCAGUGAGGUUGCAGGUUGUGAGGAAGCAGCCAAAGAGAGCGCAGUGAACAAAGAUCCAUCAAAUGAAGGAGCUUCGGGGAACGCCACAGAAAGUAAAGCCAGCGAAGCGUCUGAAGACACUGAAGCAACAAAGAGUUGCGCAGAGUCAACUGGUGAAGUCUCUACAAAAAAGGACACAGAAAGCACAACUAGCCAGUCUUUGACCACGGUGACUACACAGAAGAGCUACAUGGAUCCAAGAGUCGACAACAGAAACAACAACAGCAGUCAAGCUAUUCUAUCAGAGGUUUCCCUGCAGACAGAGAGCAGCCUGACAGACAAGCUGGUUGUGUCAGUGGAAGAAAGGCUCUAUGGCGGCCUGCGCAGUGCAGACAAGCUCAGUCAGGGAGGAACGGAGCGCAUGCUUACCGUGUCUCACACAGCUGCACCUGGCUUCAGUCCCAUAUAACUUGUUAACAAUCCCAUGUUCUUCAUUACCUUUAUUUCAAAUCCAUUGUCUAUAGAUGACAGACUUGGAACAUAAUGGUCUAUAGCACAAAUCAUAAUGUGUUUGACGUGGUCAAUCUCGAUGUCCUUUUACAUUUGGACAAA